AUGAAUUUCUUGCGGACGGUCGUGGCUCUGGGGAUACUGGUUGCGGUGCAGGCUCGGGUAAAUGUGCGCCGGCCUCUCUGCGAGUCCGCCGAGGCGGAGGAGGCAGCCGUGGCGGCUCAGGAUUUCCUCAAUGCUCAACACACUCACGGUUACAAGUAUGUCCUGAACAGGAUCGAAGACAUCAAAGUCUACAGCAUGCCUGAAGGAGAAUCAUACGUCUUGGAGAUUGACCUGCUGGAGACGUACUGUCACGUGUUGGAUCCCACACCUCUGGCUAACUGCACAGCCAGGCCCAAACACUUGACGGCAGUGGAAGGCGACUGCGACGUGGUGCUGAAGAGAGUCGGGGGGAUUCUGACAGUCACCGCUUUCAAAUGUAAAACAGAAGUGUCAAAGGAGGACAUCUGCCUGGGCUGUCCCUCCCUUCUUCCUCUCAAUGAUACGGCGGCGGUGGACUUUGUAGAAACCUCUUUGGGAACUUUUAACAACAUAACAGCGAAUGAAACGUUUGUGCUUCUGGAAGUUGGAAGACUGUCGUCACAGCUUCUGUCUGGAGGACAUUUCUACACAGUAGAGUACAUUGUAGUUGAGGCUAACUGCACCGACGAUCCCUGCACGCCCUCGAACGACGUGACGGCUGCUCGUGGCUUAUGUAUUGCCAAGGGCUCAAACGCGCGACACUCGGUGGACUGCAAGAUGUUUGCCACUUUGACUCCUGCCGCAGACGCCAACAGUACCGCAGACGCCGUUUCACCACCAGCGGUUCAUGCGCACACGGGCAGCCUGUCACGCAAGCAGGGCCUGAAACACCAUAGCCUGACGUCUCGUCACGACCCCGAGCUGACUGGACUUUUAUCUGCCGAGUCAGCCGAGUCUGCUGAAAUCGUGCCCGUGGCCCCGGCUUCUCCUCCUCAGAUUCUCCACGAAGUGCCGAGCUCCGUUUGUUGUUUAAGAGAGAAGUGGCUGCUGCGCCUGAACCUGUAG